AUGGCGCUCUCACCUGCUGGGCAGCGGCAGCCCCAGGAGGAAGGGUAUGGUGAAGAGAUAGCCUGCACUCAGAACGGCCAGAUGUACUUGAACAGGGACAUCUGGAAGCCCGCCCCCUGCCAGAUCUGCGUCUGCGACAACGGGGCCAUUCUCUGCGACAAGAUCCAGUGCCAGGAGGUGCUGGAGUGUGCCGACCCCGUCACGCCCGCUGGCGAGUGCUGCCCCGUCUGCCCGCACUCCUCCGCAGGGGGCGGCACCCACUUCGGUAGAGGAAGAAAGGGAGAGAAAGGAGAGCCAGGAUCAGUGCCUGUUGUGACCGGCAUCCGUGGUCGGCCCGGACCCUCGGGCCCUCCAGGAUCGCAGGGACCAAGAGGAGACAGAGGCCCCAAAGGAAAGCCUGGUCCCCGUGGUCCGCAGGGAAUUGAUGGGGAGCCAGGUGUUCCGGGCCAACCAGGGCCCCCGGGGCCUCCCGGACACCCGUCCCACCCGGGACCCGACGGCAUAAGCAGGCCGUUUUCAGCACAGAUGGCCGGGCUAGACGACAAAGCCGGACUCGGCAGUCAGAUGGGGCUGAUGCCGGGCUCAGUGGGUCCUGUUGGCCCCAGGGGACCUCAAGGUCUACAAGGGCAGCAAGGCGGUGUAGGCCCUGCAGGACCUCCCGGGGAGCCUGGGGAGCCCGGACCGAUGGGUCCGAUUGGUGCUCGCGGACCAGAGGGCCCUCCCGGGAAACCCGGUGAAGAUGGCGAACCCGGGAGAAAUGGGAGUCCUGGUGAGGUGGGCUUCUCGGGGUCUCCGGGAGCCAGAGGAUUUCCCGGGGCGCCCGGGCUGCCAGGCCUGAAGGGCCACCGCGGACAUAAAGGUCUUGAAGGCCCUAAAGGUGAAGUUGGAGCAACCGGUUCCAAGGGUGAAGCCGGUCCUACUGGCCCAAUGGGUGCCAUGGGUCCUAUGGGUCCCAGGGGAAUGCCGGGAGAGAGAGGCAGGCUUGGGCCGCAGGGUGCUCCGGGACAACGAGGUGCACAUGGUAUGCCAGGAAAACCCGGGCCGAUGGGUCCUCUCGGGAUACCUGGCUCUUCUGGUUUUCCAGGAAAUCCUGGGAUGAAGGGAGAAGCAGGUCCCACCGGGGCCCGAGGCCCUGAAGGACCGCAGGGGCAGCGAGGCGAGACGGGGCCGCCGGGGCCCGUGGGCUCGCAGGGCCUCCCGGGCGCAGUGGGGACGGACGGUACUCCUGGCGCCAAAGGCCCGACGGGUUCUGCAGGCCCCUCUGGGCCCCCUGGCCUGGCAGGGCCCCCCGGAUCCCAAGGACCUCAGGGCAGCACUGGGCUUCCAGGAAUUCGAGGCCAACCGGGCGACCCAGGAGUCCCAGGCUUCAAAGGAGAAGCUGGCCCCAAAGGGGAACCGGGGCCCCAUGGCAUUCAGGGCCCCAUCGGCCCCCCUGGUGAAGAAGGCAAAAGAGGUCCCCGCGGCGACCCCGGCGCAGUCGGUCCUCAAGGGCCGGUGGGAGAAAGGGGUGCUCCUGGCAACCGCGGUUUCCCGGGCUCUGACGGCUUACCUGGACCCAAGGGGGCGCAAGGAGAGAGGGGGCCUGUUGGCUCGUCAGGACCUAAAGGAGGGCAGGGGGACCCAGGACGCCCCGGGGAACCAGGGCUGCCGGGCGCUCGGGGUCUGACAGGCAAUCCUGGGGUUCAAGGUCCUGAAGGGAAACUCGGGCCUUUGGGCGCUCCGGGGGAGGAUGGCCGCCCCGGGCCCCCCGGCUCCAUAGGAAUCAGGGGGCAGCCUGGGACCAUGGGGCUCCCCGGCCCCAAGGGCAGCAGUGGUGAUCCUGGCAAACCGGGGGAAGCAGGAAAUGCUGGUGUCCCUGGACAGAGGGGAGCUCCUGGGAAAGACGGCGAAGUCGGCCCUUCCGGGCCCGUGGGCCCCCCGGGCCUCGCUGGGGAGAGAGGCGAGCAGGGACCCCCUGGCCCCACCGGCUUUCAGGGGCUUCCAGGCCCCCCAGGGCCUCCUGGGGAAGGCGGAAAGCCAGGCGAUCAGGGAGUUCCUGGCGAUCCGGGGGCCGUGGGCCCACUGGGACCUCGAGGAGAGCGAGGAAACCCGGGGGAGCGAGGAGAACCGGGAAUCACCGGGCUGCCCGGCGAGAAGGGGAUGGCCGGCGGGCACGGCCCCGAUGGCCCGAAGGGCAGCCCCGGACCAGCUGGCGCCCCCGGGGACACGGGCCCGCCGGGCCUCCAAGGCAUGCCCGGGGAGCGAGGGCCGGCCGGCACGCCUGGCCCCAAGGGCGACAGGGGCGGCCUAGGAGAGAAAGGCGCUGAAGGCACAGCUGGGAACGAUGGAGCAAGAGGUGACCGUGGAGACCCUGGACCCGCGGGUCUGCCAGGCUCUCAGGGUGCCCCGGGCACUCCCGGCCCCGUUGGCGCCCCCGGAGACGCAGGACAGAGAGGAGACCCGGGUUCCCGGGGUCCCAUAGGGCCACCUGGUCGAGCUGGGAAGCGUGGCUUACCUGGACCCCAAGGGCCUCGCGGUGACAAAGGCGAUCAUGGGGACCGCGGCGACCGAGGCCAGAAGGGCCACCGGGGGUUCACCGGUCUUCAGGGACUUCCCGGGCCUCCUGGUCCCAAUGGUGAGCAAGGCAGUGCUGGGAUCCCUGGACCAUUUGGCCCACGAGGUCCCCCGGGCCCAGUGGGCCCCUCAGGGAAGGAAGGAAACCCCGGGCCGCUGGGCCCCAUCGGGCCUCCUGGAGUGCGGGGCAGCGUCGGGGAGGCGGGGCCCGAGGGUCCUCCGGGCGAGCCUGGCCCGCCUGGGCCUCCGGGUCCCCCGGGCCACCUCACGGCCGCCCUUGGGGACAUCCUGGGGCACUACGAUGAGAACAUGCCAGACCCCCUCCCCGAGUUCACGGAAGACGAGGCGGCUCCUGACGACAAGAACAAGACGGACCCCGGCGUCCACGCCACCCUCAAGUCCCUCAGCAGCCAGAUUGAGACCAUGCGCAGCCCCGACGGCUCUAAGAAGCACCCGGCCCGCACGUGUGAGGACCUGAAGCUCUGCCACUCCGCAAAGCACAGCGGCGAGUACUGGAUUGACCCUAACCAGGGGUCCGUGGAAGACGCCAUCAAAGUUUUCUGCAACAUGGAGACGGGCGAGACGUGUAUCUCAGCCAACCCGUCGAGCAUCCCCCGGAAAACCUGGUGGACCAGCAGGUCGUCCGACCACAAGCCCGUCUGGUACGGCCUCGACAUGAACAGAGGCGCUCAGUUUGCUUAUGGAGACCACCAGUCGCCCAGCGCAGCCAUCACCCAGAUGACCUUCCUGCGCCUCUUGUCAAAAGAAGCGUCGCAGAACAUCACCUACGUCUGCAAGAACAGCGUCGGCUACAUGGACGACCAAGCGCAGAACCUCAAGAAGGCCGUGGUCCUUAAAGGGUCAAACGACUUGGACAUCAGGGCGGAAGGGAACAUCAGGUUCAGAUACAUCGUCCUUGAGGACACGUGCUCGAAACGGAAUGGGAAUGUGGGCAAGACCGUCUUUGAAUACAGAACCCAGAACGUGGCGCGCUUGCCCAUCAUAGACCUGGCCCCCGUGGAUGUCGGCGGCACAGACCAAGAAUUCGGCGUCGAGAUCGGGCCAGUUUGCUUUGUGUGAAGCAGCCAUGGUCCGUCGACAGCGAGCAACACCCUCACCAUCCAUGGCCCCACCGGUCGCGAGAACCUUGCCUGCGUGAAGCUGAUCCUGAGACUCUUGAAGUAGUGGCUGGCUCCAGUCAGCGUUGUACAUAUGGUCUUACAUGCCUGGCCUUAGCCUUCAGAAUAUUUAUUUUACUUACAGUCCUCAAGUGUCCAUUGAGUUAAAGGAUUUUUCAAUACAGAAGUUUAGGUGUAAGAUGACCAAUGACAAUGACCACCUUUAAGAAAAAGUAAACAGAUUGAAUACAUAGUCUUUGUUUUCUUCAGUUUAUUUCAAUGUAAUGAUAAAGUUGCUUAGUAUUUAUGAGAAAACUCCUCUUCCUGGCUGGUAGCUUAGAGAGUGGGGUCUGUGAAACCACAGCACAUGUUUAUCUCCCGUGGCUGCAGUUGGACAAAUCAAAGGUGGUGCCUCUUUGCGACCUCUCAGACCCGAUGAUCAAUUAAAAGUGAAAGAUGAUCGAUCAAGGGUUGCCCUUGAGAUAGAAACCCUCGUGCAUGUCUUGAUAUUGUAUAACUAUCAGAGAGACUCUUUAAAGAGAAUCUUGAAAAAAAUGGUUCCUCACUGUUUUAAAUGGACUUUUUAAAUAAUAUAUAUUCAGUGAAAUUUCUUGAAAACAAAGUGAACUUAGAUUUUAUAAAGGGUGGUAAGUGUAGACUUUUUCCUCAUUCAGAUUUAAAGGUAUCUUUCCCUCUUGACUUAGCCUAUUAAUACAGCUGGAAGUCACCAUUGAGUAAACCAUUGGGCACAGCACUUUCUUGUUUAAGAAGACAUUGAAUGCAAAACUUUCACACAUACAACCUUAUCAGCAUGUCCAGGACCCAGAGCUGAGAGUCUUCCGAUGGCAGUAGCAUCGUCCCGAAGCCUGUAACGAAGAAAAGAUUGUUUAGAAACCCAGGCGUGGAGCUGACUGAUCGGAUGUGAUGAUUGGAAAUAGAACCAUCUGGCCAUUGAACUCUCCGGGGAAACAUGACCAACAUGUCUUAGCAUGAGCUACCUCAUCUCUAGAAGCUGGGAUGGACUUACUAUUCUUGUUUAUAUUUUAGAUACUAAAAGGUGCUAUGCUUCUGUUAUUAUUCCAAGACUGGAGAUAGGCAGGGCUAAACUGUAUUGUUAUUUUUCCUUUAAUGAUGGUGCUAAAAUUCCUCUAUAAAAUUCUUUAAAAAUAAAGAUGGUUUCAUCAGUGCCAUUUGUGAAAGCCUUAGACUUGGCCGUUUCUGAAAGAGGGGCCGCUGCUCCGUGCCUUCCCACCGUCCCCCCUCACGCUGUAUCUGGGAUGUUUGUAACCUGCCUGCUUCCGAGUCCGAGCAUGUCGGGCCCCUGUGUCUCAAGGUUGUUGUUUUUCCUUAAUUGCAUUGUGUUGGCUCCAUUUUAAUUUCUUCUUUAACAAUAAACAGCUGGGACCAUCCCAAAGACAAGCCAUGCACACAGCUGUAGUCAUGUAUCUGCAAAGCAUCGAAUUAAAUGCACGCUUUUGUGACGGCAA